AGGGGAGACGGAGUGGAAGAAAUGCAGUCUUUGGAAGUACGUGUUGGUAUUAAUUCACCGUCUUUAUGCUGAGAGAGUAAUACAUUCACUAUGUCGCUCUCUCUGCUUCUGCUGCUGCUGGUCUGCAGCACCCAGGCGAGUCAUUUUUAUGGGACAGUGAUGACCUACUACCCCAAAAACACUAACGCAGAUGGAUCUAUGGCGGUGGUUGUUCGCUAUAAGCUGAACUUCCACGAUUGCACACAUUCUGUAUUAUGGACCUGCAGUGGGAAUUGUGGGACACAAUCGUGGGACUGCUAUGGUAACUGUUUACACGAGGUAGACAGGGAGGACAGUGUAGCCCAAUGUCGGGCAACGGAGAGUGGUGUCAAACAGAGGGAAUCAUCUCUCAACAGGUUCCCAGCAACGCUCCGCUUGAGCUGAUGUUAGAUGGUGGUAACUGGAUAAAUAACAUCGUAAAUGGCAUUGUAUCAUGGAAAGCUGUGACUCGGGUGGAGCUGAGGAACCGGUCGGACACCGGCAAAGCCAACACAUCACCCCAAACCACCAUAUUGCCUGCUGUGAGAGUUCCUUCAAACUGUCAGAGAGAUUUCAACCUGCUGGCGUUUGACCCUGACGGAGACGAGGUUAAAUGCAGAUAUGGAAGCGAUGCACAGUCAGAGUGUAACCCCUGCACGCCACCAUCUGUUCUCAACCUCUCAUCAUCUUGUACUCUGUCAUUCAGCCCCACCAGUAGCAGUAAUGAAGGUGCAUACGUCGUACAACUGGUGAUGGAGGACUUUCCCAGGCAGAAUAUCAACCUGACUCAGACCGACGGUUCGCAGGUGGCGAGAACUACAAACGACUCUAUCAGCAAAAUACCUGUCCAAUUUGCUUUAAGGGUGGAUCCUGUGGUGCCAUCCUGCACUGAGGGACUUUAUCUGCCCAAGUUUCUGCCUCCAACCCCAGCCAACAGAGCUCGGCUGUACACUCCUGCCAAUCAGACCCUGGAAAUCAGCAUCAAGGCAGAGGCAAAUGUCUCCACAAUUACUGAGCUGCUGUUCAGCGGGCCGCACAACACAAACCAGACAAAUUCAGGAGCAGGACAGUACAUCCUGAGAUGGACGCCGUCUGAAAACGAAGAUGGAGAAAGCCACCCCAUCUGCUUUGUCAUCCAGGCAGUUUUCAGUACAACCAAGUAUCACUCGGAGCUACGUUGUGUGAUUGUGAGUGUUGGAAACGCCCCAACAACAACUACAACCAUUGAUCCAACUACAACAACCACACAAAGUACAACCACCAUUCCCUCAACAGCUAUCCCACUACCUACAACCACUACCCCAUCCACAACUACUACACCACAAAUUACAACAACUACACCACCAACUACAACCACUACCCCAUCCACAACUACUACACCACAAAUUACAACAACUACACCACCAACUACAACCACUACCCCAUCCACAACUGCUACACCACAAAUUACAACAACUACUGCACCAACUACCACCACACAAACGACUGUUCCCUCAACAACUACCCCACCAACUACAACCACUACCCCAUCCACAACUACUACACCACAAAUUACAACAACUAUACCACCAACUACAACCACUACCCCAUCCACAACUACUACACCACAAAUUACAACAACUACACCACCAACUACAACCACACCCCAUCACAACUACUACACCACCAACUACAACCACUACCCCAUCCACAACUGCUACACCACAAAUUACAACAACUACUGCACCAACUACAACCACUACCCCAUCCACAACUGCUACACCACAAAUUACAACAACUACCGCACCAACUACAACCACUACCCCAUCCACAACUACUACACCACAAAUUACAACAACUACACCACCAACUACAACCACUACCCCAUCCACAACUGCUACACCACAAAUUACAACAACUACACCACCAACUACAACCACUACCCCAUCCACAACUACUACACCACAAAUUACAACAACUACACCACCAACUACAACCACUACCCCAUCCACAACUACUACACCACAAAUUACAACAACUACUGCACCAACUACCACCACACAAACCACCUUUCCCUCAACAACUACCCCACUAGGUACGACCACAAUCAAUGAAACCACUACAGCUCCUUCUACAACCACUACACCAACUACAACACCAACACCUGUAACCGAAGCCUCGAACCAAAUUGUUGCAGCUCUGAAAAUAAGGAUUACCUCUACGUCUCCCCUGUCUGAGGACUACAUCAGAAAUACUGGCCUACAACAGAUUAAAGAUGAACUGGUGAGACGAGGGCUGCCAUCAAACAUCACUCUACGGCUUGUGAGUAGUGUGCAACUGCAACCUACAACCACAGCGCCCCCUGUUGUUUCAACGUGAUCAUCAUUUAUUGACCCCUGGAAGGAACAUUUAUUUUCCAUCUUCCGUUAAUUGCUAAAGUUAAAACUACAAGGCCAGCUGCAUUAACGUGACCAUUACUAUAUGACUAUACAGGUCCAUUCCAAAUGUGGUGAUUAUUUUAUUAUUUCAAAAUGUUAAAGUUUGCAGAUUUGCACUGUGUGAUUAGAAUGUGUUUGUAAUGCUCACUACCUGAAAUUACUGCCUAAAAGGCUUUGCUGCCUUUGAUUUUAUAUGUUAUGUGUACUUUUUUAUAUUAAAGCCAACUGCAAAAGCAAAUUAUUGCUAACAGAAUUAAGUUUAUCUGACUUUAAGAUGUCAAAAACCAACUAAGAUCAGCAUCUCAACAAAAAAUACAAAAAUGGAUACCAAAAUGUGACUUUAUCCACAUUAUAUUACAACAUUCAUUGAGCGUCAUAUAAGUUAUAACAGUAUUUCUCAUUUGCUUGAACACAUUUAUCCAUUCAGAAGUUACAUUUUUAAAACUGUUGUUUGCACAAUGCUCUAAAACUCACACAAUCAUUAAAAACACGCAACAAAAGCAAAUAUUUCCAUCAAACAACACAAUCAGUGGUCAAAUUAAUGUAUUCUUUCCUGGGGGUUGGGACACCCACUUGGGGUUACCAAAGAUUCUUGAUAAGGCGUGCUAGAAAACUUAGACAGUAGGCCUAUAUCUCAGUAAUUGGUUCACUUCUGUAAUAGAACAAAGUGUCAGGAAUAAGAAAACUAAAUCGGAAUAUGUUAAAAAUGAUUAAAAAUACAUAAUACAGACAGAGAACUGCGCAAAAAGUUCCAUGAACAGGUAAUAAUCUGCUCAAAGUUCAUCCAAAUAACUCAGACAAAUGUCUUGCAGUGACUGAGUUCACUAUUCGGGUUAAUUGUACAGUUUUGAAUAUGAUAUCAUAAAAUGUUAUUAGUCAGUCACUUUACUAAAUCAUAGGAUCUAUCUAUCAAUAUGAACCUGUUCAACCUUAAUUUGUGCUUUAUGCCUGUGUCAUUUGUCCUUUACAUAAUUAUAGUAUAGGUGCCAAAAACUUAGCAAGCAUAUCACAGCAUGAACUGUAUUCUUGUCUCCAAAAUAAAAUGAGGUGCUACCUCUCAAUGGGCUAUCCUUUCAAUGAAUUGUCAUUGUCAGUGAUUAAAGUUAUGCAAUCUGUUGAGAACAGGCAGAGGGAGCCACUGCUGAAAGAGUGACACAUCAAACACAUGUACAGACUAAACCACCUGUCUGAUUACAGCCUCAGUGACUGUUCUUGUUCAUCAGUUGCUUCACUAAAGAUCUUUGUAUGGAACAGGUCCGCCUACUUGAACCAAUUAUGACUCAAGCCUCGAUGAGUCUAAAUAAAGAAUGUUACGUCUGA